GAGAAUCCUUACUAUGGUGGCGGCGGUGGUGGAGGAUACACAAACUCUCAGAACGGAUCUCAAGAUUCUCCCGGAGGGAAAAAAAAAAGCAACACAUCAACGAUAAGACCCGUAACGGUUAAACAGAUCUUAGAUGCCUCUCAGCCUCAUCCUGAUUCUGACUUUGCUAUCGACGGAUAUGACGUAGGGCAGGUACUUCUUGUCGGAUCUGUACGUGCCGUAUCGAAAUCCGCCACGAACGUCCAGGUCGAAAUUGGGGAUGGGACGGGGUAUAUAGAUGCCAGACUAUGGCUGGAUUCGGCGGAAGAUGAGUCGGAAAAGGCAAAAGGAAUAGAACAAGAUAAAUAUGUUGGGAUUAUGGGUAGUAUCAAACUGUUUGGUGGCAAGAGACAUAUUUCAGCAUCUCAUAUCCGUCUCAUAGAAGAUCUCAACGAGGUGUAUAAUCAUCUACUCAAAGCGUUAUAUGUCAGUUUGACACUACGAAAUCCUGGUACUACUGGUCAAGCACACGCACACGCUCCGAAUAACGACUACAACGCUCCAGUCGGUAUGACAACCACCGAAUCUCCUUAUGCAAACCUUCCACCAUUACAAAGAAAGAUAAUGGAAAUAGUUUCGAAAGAAGAGAGUGAAGAUGGGAUGCACGUUUCAGCCGUCAGUAGGAGUAUGACAGGUACCAAAGGCGAAGAUGUCAUGGAAGCUAUCGAAAACCUCAUGGGGGAAGGAAUGCUUUAUUCCACAGUGGAUGAU